CCUCUCUCUCUCUCUCUCUCUCUCUCUCUCUCUCUCUCUCAUAAACAUAACAUACCCCUUCCCCCUCCCUCCCAUUUCCAAUUCUUACACACCACAUGAUGCCUAAACCAGUUCUUCAACCCCUGCUCUUCUCUCUCCUCACUUCCUUCUUCACUUUCUCUUCUACCACUGCAACAGUCACUACCACAAUCAACAACCUCUCUCAACAGUUCAGAGAAGCCCCAGAAUUCUACAACUCUCCAGACUGUCCAUCCAUCCUUGACAUUGAGAAAGACAACAACAACAACAUACUCAUAUGCUCGGACAUAGCUGUCCACGUGGCAAUGACCCUGGACGCCACCUACAUCCGUGGCUCCAUGGCCGCAAUCCUCUCCGUCCUCCAACACUCCUCCUGCCCCCAAAACAUCAUCUUCCACUUCGUCUCCUCUUCUUCCUCCUCCAACUCCUCCCUCCUACGCUCCACCAUCUCCUCCUCCUUCCCAUAUCUCAAUUUCCAAAUCUACCCCUUUCAUGACUCCUCCGUCGCUGGCCUCAUCUCCACCUCCAUUCGCUCCGCCCUCGACUGCCCUCUCAACUACGCUCGCUCCUACUUACCCAACCUUCUCCCUCUUUGCGUCUCCAAAGUCAUCUAUCUUGACUCCGACCUAGUCCUCGUCGACGACAUUGCCGAGCUCGCUGCCACACCUUUUGGCGACGAAGACGUAGUUCUUGCCGCACCUGAAUACUGCAAUGCCAAUUUCACUUUCUAUUUUACACCAACUUUCUGGUCAAAUCCAUCACUCUCACUCACCUUUGCAAACCGCAAGGCUUGUUACUUCAAUACAGGUGUAAUGGUCAUCGAUCUCGAUCGAUGGCGAGCGGGUGACUACACAACCAAGAUUGAAGAGUGGAUGGAGCUUCAAAAGCGAAUGAGAAUAUACGAACUCGGGUCAUUACCACCUUUCUUGCUUGUUUUCGCUGGAAAAAUAGCUCCGGUGGAUCAUCGAUGGAAUCAACACGGUCUCGGGGGAGACAAUUUCCGGGGACUUUGCAGGGAUUUGCAUCCGGGUCCAGUGAGUCUGUUGCAUUGGAGUGGUAAAGGGAAACCGUGGGCUCGACUAGACGCAAACCGGCCGUGCCCAUUGGAUGCAUUGUGGGUGCCUUAUGAUCUGUUGAAGACUCCAUUUUCGUUUGAUUCUUUGAGUAAUUAGACGUUCCAAAGUGGGAGUUUUUUGAUUCGUGGUUUUAAGCCUUGGUUCUAUUUCGUAGAGCAUGUUAGUCCUAAGGAAAAUCGAAGAACAUGAUGACUAGACUGAAAUAAAGUCUCUGGAAAGUGUACAGUCUUUGCGGAGGAUGAUGAUGAGGAUGAGUAUUGCUCUGGAAAUACAGACGAAUCGUCGUGUCUGUUUGUUUCACCCGUUAUACAAUGUUGAUUAGGAAUGGAAAAAGUUGAGAGGUUAAAUAAAUGUAUGCCAAAAUCUUCAUUUUUCUUCUGAUAGUAUACA